AUGGAGCAAGCACAUGGAACAGAGGUACAUGGAGCAGUCACACGGAACAGAGUCACAUGGAGCAGUCACACGGAACAGAGGUACAUGGAACGUCACACGGAACAGAGUCACUGGAGCAGUCACACGGAACAGAGGUACAUGGAGCAGUCACACGGAACAGAGUAUAUAGACCCAGUCACACGGAACAGAGGUGGGAACAGCCACACGGAACAGAGGUACAUGGAGCAAGCACAUGGAACAGAGGUACAUGGAACAGUCACACGGAACAGAGGUACAUGGAGCAGUCACACGGAACAGAGGUAUAUAGACCCAGUCACACGGAACAGAGGUACAGGGAACAGCACACGGAACAGAGGUACAGGAACAGCCACACGGGAACAGAGCAUGGAAGUCACACGGAACAGAGUCACAUGGAGCAGUCACACGGAACAGAGGUACAUGGAGCAGUCACACGGAACAGAGGUAUAUAGACCCAGUCACACGGAACAGAGGUACAGGAACAGCCACACGGAACAGAGGUACAUGGAGCAAGCACAUGGAACAGAGGUACAUGGAACAGUCACACGGAACAGCGGUACAUGGAGCAGGCACAUGGAACAGAGGUCAUGGAACAGUCACACGGAACAGAGUACAUGGAGCAGGCACAUGGAACAGAGGUACAUGGAGCAGUCACACGGAACAGAGGUACAUGGAACAGUCACACGGAACAGAGGUACAUGGAGCAGGCACAUGGACAAGGGUACAUGGAGCAGGCACAUGGAACAGAGGUACAUGGAGCAGGCACAUGGAACAGAGGUACACGGAACAGUCACACGGAACAGAGGUACAUGGAGCAGGCACAUGGAACAGAGGUACAUGGAGCAGGCACAUGGAACAGAGGUACAUGGAGCAGGCACAUGGAACAGAGGUACAUGGAACAGUCACACGGAAAGAGGUACAUGGAGCAGGUACAUGGAACAGAGGUACAUGGAGCAGUCACACGGAACAGAGGUACAUGGAACAGUCACACGGAACAGAGUACAUGGAGCAGGCAUGGAACAGAGGUACAUGGAGCAGGCACAUGGAACAGAGGUACAUGGAGCAGGCACAUGGAACAGAGGUACACGGAACAGUCACAUGAACAGAGCUACACGAACAGUCACACGGAACAGAGCUACAGGAACAGACACGGAACAGAGCUACACGGAACAGUCACACGGAACAGAGCUACAAGGAACAGUCACCGGAACAGAGCUACACGGAACAGUCACACGGAACAGAGCUACACGGAACAUUCACACGGAACACAGCUACACGGGACAGCGCUACACGGAACAGUCACACGGAACAGAGCUACACGGAACAGCUACAGGGACAGAGCCACGGAACAGAGCUACACGGAACAGAGCUACACGGAACAGAGCUACACGGAACAGUCACACGGAACAGAGCUACACGGAACAGUCACACGACAGAGCUACACGGAACAGUCACACGGAACAGAGCUACACGGAACAGGAAUCAACCUCUACUGGUGAUUAA